GUUUUGUGACAAAGGUAACAGUGGCCAGAAAUACAACAGUUGAAAUAUUUGUAAACAAAAGACUAUAGAAGCAAAAAGAAUAAAAAAAGAAGGUAUAUUGUGAACUUGAAGGAAAAAUAAUGGAAAAGAGUGAGAAAGUGAAGGAACUGAUUUUUCCUGAAGGUAGAGAAGAGGGGAAACAAAAGCUGUCAUAUGACUGUAAUGUCUGUAAAAAGUCUUUCUCACAAAAGGGUCACUUAAAUAUGCACAAACGUGUUCAUACAGGGGAAAAUCCAUUUCAUUGUGACACCUGUGGUAAAUCAUUCUCUAAAAUAAGUAACUUGACUACACACGAACGUGUUCAUACAGGGGAGAAGCCAUUUCACUGCGACAUCUGUGAUAAAUCUUUCCCUCAAAGUUUUAACUUGACUAGACACAGACGUAUUCAUACAGGGGAGAAGCCUUAUCGUUGUGAUGUCUGUAGUACAUCAUUCUCUCACCAGAGUGCUUUAAACUCUCAUAUACUUGUUCAUACAGGGGAGACUCCAUUUCAUUGUGACACCUGUGGUAAAUCAUUCUCUAAAAAAAUUAACUUGACUACACACCAACGUAUUCAUACAGGGAAGAAGCCAUUUAACUGUGACAUCUGUGGUAAAUCAUUCUUUCAGAAAGGUGGCCUGACUACACACAUACGUAUUCAUACAGGAGAGAAGCCUUUUCAUUGUGAUGUUCUGUGGACAUCACAUUCGGUUCCAAAGUUCUUUAAAUUCUCACAUACGUUCCCAAGUUCAUACAGGGGGGAGAAGCUGUUUCACUGUGACAUUUGUGGUAAAUCUUUCCCUCAGAGUUAUAACUUGACUAGACACAAACGUAUUCAUACAGAGUGA